GAUGAAUCCCCGGACGUCCGAGGGAAGAUUUGUGGUCGCAUUUCCCAAUCGCAACCGGACCAGCAUGAUGCAGUGGCGCCGAAGCCUCGCGCGGGCCAUGAGCUCGACGACCAAGAAGGAGGUCAAGAUCAACAAGUACUCGGCGAUCCUCACGGAGCACAAGAGCCGCGGCGCGGCGCAGGCCAUGCUGUACGCGACCGGCAUCAAGGAAGGCGACAUCACCAAGCCGCAGGUCGGCAUUGCGAGCAUGUGGUGGGAAGGCAACCCGUGCAACAUGCAUCUGCUGGACCUCGCGAUGGAAAUCAAAAAGGGCGUUCAGGCGCAAGACCUUGUGGGCCUGCGCUUCAACACGAUCGGCGUCAGCGAUGUCAUCGCGCAGGGCACGGCCGGUAUGUCAUUCAGUCUGCCGUCGCGCGACCUCAUUGCCGACUCGAUCGAGACGGUCAUGGGCGGCCAGUGGUACGACGCCAACAUCCUCGUGCCCGGCUGCGACAAGAACAUGCCGGGCUGCCUCAUCGCAAUGGCCCGUCACAACCGCCCGUCGCUCAUCGUAUACGGCGGCACUAUCCGUGCUGGCUGCCGCAACGGACAGACCAUCGAUGCCCUCUCGGCCUUCGAAGGCUAUGGCGAGUACUUGGCCAACCGGUACGCUCGUCCAUUCAAUCGCCUCUGA